AUGUCGGGCAACGCCAUCCUCAAGCCCGACAUCAUCGGCCCGGGAGUGUACCUCAUAGCCGCUGCCCCUGGGAAGAAACCCGGCGAACCUGGUGCUCUCGCCCGCAUGUCGGGCACUUCCAUGGCCACCCCACAUUUAGUGGGGCUUGCUGCUUUAACCAUCCAGAAGUACCUCAACUGGACCCCGGCGCAAGUGAUGUCAGCACUGAUGACGACAGCACGGGUGACGGGCACGAGCAAGAGCGCGAUUAAGAGUGAGACGGGCAGGGAGGCCACCCCGUGGGAGAUGGGCGCAGGCCACGCCGCGGGUACCGCGGGAGGCCGCGAGACCGCGAGAGACCACGGAACCGCGGGAGGCCACGGGUACCGCGGGAGGCCGCGGGACCGCGGGAGACCGCGGAACCGCGGGAGGCCGCGGGUACCGCGGGAGGCCACGGGACCGCGGGAACCGCGGGAGGCCGCGGGAGGCUGCGAGAGACCACGGGACCGUGGGAGCCGCGGGAGCGCGGGACCACAGGGGCCAUGA